AUCAUUAUCAUCGUCGUCGUCGUCCUUCUGCAACAGGCUGCCUAUGUACCUGUCACAAUGGCGGUUGUUGGCGUCAGGAAUCUCGCAUUUGCACUGGUGACAGUGAUAUUUUUGAUCGUCUUCUGGCAUACCUCUUCUGGUGGGACGAGGGCACCGACAUCAUGGAGGCCAAAGGCACCAGAAUUCAAGGGGUUUGCACCUCUGCCCGAAGGAAUUGCCACCCCACCAGUUACACCUGAACUGGAUGCACACGAUGUUGCGAAUGCGCCCGCCGCAAAUCCUGUGCCAGUGCUGCCAGGUGGUGGACAAGUCAAGAAUGAACUUCCGGGACUGGGGAACACGCCUUUUGCUGAUGCUCCAGGUAUCAAGAAUCCUGCUACUCUGGAAGACGCGACGAGCGGCCUUUCUCUGCCUGCAACUCCAGGCCUAGGAAGCACACCUCAGCCUCCAGCCGUUGUACCAAGCCUGAGCUCGACAUUGGGAUCGGGACCUCCUCCCGCCGCAACAGGCUCAGGGUCUGAUGAUGCCAAUUUUCAAGGCGGUUUUUCCGAAUGGGCGUUCCAACAGAACCUCGAUCUCUCGCCGCCCAAAAUGGACACUAUGAAGCUACGUCGAUACAAGCCUCAUAAUUACAAAGGUCAGGGCCAUCCUACAUACGCAACAUAUGUCGCCACACCGGGAGGCUCGCUCAAUGAGCCAUACUUUGUAGCCGCUCAGCAGCUGAUCUACCGUACUCUUUGGGAUCCUCAAUCUGGUGGGAUAUAUCCUUUCACCGCUUUUGUGGCCCCGCAUAUCACAGAGGAGCAACGAAAUCUUCUUGCCGCAGCAGGUGCCAUUGUGCGCGAGCUCGAGCCGGUCACCUGGCAUCCAGUGCAAGGAACAUUCGCGCGCUGGAAGUAUCAGUUCGCCAAGCUGAACAUGUGGAAACAAACAGACUUCUCGAGAAUCUUCUUUCUCGAUUCUGAUGCGUUUCCGGUUUCCAAUAUCGACGAUGUAUUCGAUACGCCGCAGGCGUCCUGCAAGAAAGAGUUAUUGCCAGCCGAGUACCAGACGAGCGAAGAAGACAAUUGCACGUAUACGUUUAUGGCUGCACAGCAAAACCUUCUCCCAAGUCCAGAAACGGGAGUUCUGGAAUUAAAUACAGGUGUGAUGCUCCUGCAGCCUCACACCGCCAUGCACGCCCAUCUUAUGCGCGAGAUGCCUCAGACAGAGAAAUGGGACACGGCCAUGGCCGACCAAGGCUUCUUGAGCGAGGUAUUCAAGGCUUCCGGCGCAUUUCCCGUCACGGCGAUGUCGAGAGAGUAUAAUGGCUUCUUCCCCGGACCACAGGACGAAGGGAAGCUCAAAGUGGUGCAUGAAAAGUUGUGGAUCGACCCGGACACGGUCCCUUGGGCGAAGGGCAUGUUUGCUACCACGCAUAAAGCGAUGAAGGAAUUUUAUGAAAGCGAGUCUUUCGUGGCUGCUCGAGAAAGGGAUGGGCUAAUAUAUUAGGUUCAUUACCUUAGGUAGGUACCUACCUACCUACCUAGGAUGAUAUCUGGCAAGGAUGACUUGACUACCUGACCUUACCUACUAUACCAUGGCUGCAGACAGGACCUGCCACCAGCACGAUGGGACUAUUUGUAUCAAGGAAACAGGCGUGUAUAAUCACGAAAUGAAUAGGAAACAUGUGUAUACCUCAGUUACGAUAUCACUACGACAAACUUACCUUCAUCUAAAAGGUGUGAC